CAUUUCCAUAGUAUCAAGUAAAACAACUCAGGCCCGAGGCCAACCCGGCAAUAAUUCCCAUCCCUGUCUUGUCCUAACACGUUCUUUAGAAUUUUCUAAGUCAUUGUUUUCAGAAUCUAAAAUCCCGGAAAAUACCCCAAAUAAUCUAUAUCUCUCUCGUUUUCAGUGCUUUGUUUUUGUUAAUGAAGAUUUAACCAAAAACCUUAAUCUGCUUUCGUUUUAUUAUUAUUACUAUGAAUAAAUAAUAAGUUGUUAGACUGUAAUAAAAUUUAGAUGGGUCACAACACGCAGCAUCACCACCACAACACGAGCGAUGGCGUUUCACAGCGAGUUAACAGCCCACGUUUCUCGGGUUCCAUGACUCGCCGUGCUCACUCGUUCAAGCGCAACAAUGGCAACUCCCAAACCACCAAUAGCACUAACAACGCCGUUGGUUCCAGUAACGGCAAUAAUAACGGAAGCAACGGCAACAACUUGAGCUUGCAUCACGAGAUUGAUCUACAGUUAAAUUCACCCAGGUCGGAGAUUGGAGCCGUGGCUUCGGUUUCAAUCGAGGGGUUGAGCCAAAGAAAAGGUUUGUUAAGGAAGCCGAGUGUUGGAUCUAUGGUUUUUGAUUUUGGGUUGAAAGAAAGGAAGAAGCUUGGGCAUUGGAUGUUCUUGGUUUUUUGUGGGGUUUGUUUGUUCUUGGGUGUUUUUAAGAUUUUUGCAACUGGUUGGUUUGGAUCUGCUAUCGAAACCGUAACAUCAAAUCAGGAUUUAUCUGAUCAGUCCACCAAUCGACUAAAGCUAAUGGAUCAAGGCUCUCAUGAUUAUGGGUACAGGGAAGGAGGAAGUGAUUCAGAUCGAACUUUAAUGACAGUGACAUCAGUCAUAACAGAACAUUCAGGUAUUUGGUCUCAACCAAAUAGUGAGAAUUUCACCCAGUGCAUUCACCAUUCAAAGAAUCAGAAAAAGAUAGAUGCAAAGACAAAUGGCUACAUUCUCAUAAAUGCUAAUGGUGGUUUGAAUCAGAUGAGAUUUGGGAUCUGUGAUAUGGUUGCGGUUGCUAAGGUUAUGAAGGCAACACUUGUCCUUCCGUCACUAGAUCACACCUCAUAUUGGGCUGAUGAAAGUGGCUUUAAAGAUCUGUUUGACUGGCGGCACUUCAUUGAGAUCCUGAAGGAUGAUGUCCACAUAGUUGAGACAAUACCACCUGAGUAUGCUGGAAUUGAACCUUUUAACAAAACACCAAUAUCUUGGUCUAAGGUUAGCUAUUACAAGGCAGAGGUCCUCCCGUUGUUGAAGCAGCAUAAAGUAAUCUAUUUUACUCACACAGAUUCUCGGCUUGCUAAUAAUGGUAUCCCAAGUUCCAUACAAAAGCUGAGGUGCCAGGUAAAUUAUAGGGCACUAAAAUAUUCGGCUCCAAUUGAAGAACUUGGAAACACUUUGAUUUCUAGAAUGCGCAAGAAUGGUGGCCCUUAUCUUGCUCUCCAUUUGAGAUAUGAGAAGGAUAUGCUUGCAUUUACUGGCUGCAGUCACAGUUUGACAGCAGAAGAAGAUGAUGAGCUACAUAGGAUGCGUUAUGAAAUCAGCCAUUGGAAGGAGAAAGAGAUUAAUGGAACAGAGAGAAGAUUGCUUGGUGGCUGUCCACUGACCCCUAGGGAGACUUCCCUCUUGCUCAGAGCAUUGGGUUUCCCACCAAGCACUCGGAUUUACUUGGUAGCUGGUGAAGCUUAUGGAAAUGGAAGUAUGGAAUCUAUUAAGGAGGAUUUUCCUUACAUCUUCUCUCAUUCCUCCCUCGCUACAGAAGAGGAGUUGAAUCCUUUCAAGAAUCACCAGAACAUGUUGGCUGGUUUAGACUAUGUUGUUGCCCUUCAGAGUGAUGUAUUUGUUUAUACGUAUGAUGGAAAUAUGGCAAAGGCCGUUCAAGGACAUAGGCGAUUUGAGAACUUCAAGAAGACUAUCAGCCCAGACAGGGUGAAUUUUGUAAAACUUGUGGAUGAAUAUGAUGAGGGAAAUAUUUCUUGGAAGAAAUUCAGUUCCAAAGUGAAAAAGCUUCAUAAAGAUCGAGCUGGAGCUCCAUAUCUUAGGGAGCCUGGAGAAUUUCCAAAACUGGAGGAGAGUUUUUAUGCAAAUCCGCUUCCAGGAUGCAUCUGUGAAAAAACAGAAGAAAUAUAGAAAAGCAAAAACACAGCUUCUGCAAAUUUGUCUUAAUGCUACAAAGUAAAAGCUCAACUGAAAAGGAGGGUGUGCUGGCAUUGUUUCAGACAGGCCAGUCCAGAAGGAUGGAAUCGUAUAUAUACCAUUCAAAACCAUGACUCAACUCAUUGGUUGAAAAAUGCCUGCUCAAGUGGGAAAAUCCGUGGGUGGCAUGCAAACUAACACAUUAAGUCAUCAUCAAUGGAGGUAUUAGCAGGUCACAGCAGAUACAGUUGAAAGAUAAACAUUCAUUUGGUGGAGUGGAAUAUCCUUUCUUGUCCAUCAGAAAGAAAAUGUUGUUGCUUAUUUUUCCUUCUAUUUUGACAAAAGAAUUUCCUUUUAUUUAUUUUUUUUCUGAAGAAUUGUUUAGGUUGUGGAUGCAAAUAAAGUUGGGGGGGGGGGGGGGGAUGAAUGAGGCGGCUAUGUUCCCAUACCAAAGUUAGAAUUUGAAUUAACUGAUGGAAAUACCACAGGAUGAUAUUGAUUGAAUUGUAUCACAUCUUGAUGUUAAUUAUACCAAAAUAUAAUUUCAGUUGGUGUUAAUCACAACCAAUGAAUGGAUGGAUAUUCAGAAUGCAAAUGUCUGCAUUUAUUUUUUGUACAAAGCAAAAUAUGAAUUACAGAAUGGUGGAUCGAAAUUAUAAUGGAAUAAGAACCCUUUUUUGUUGGUGAACCAUUUCAAGGAUAUUCCCACAUUUUUCUGUCAUCUUCACUUUCCAACCUUUAUGUAAAGUCACAAAUGCAAAAUUAUUGCAUAAAUCCAUAUGGAAGUCAGUCAACUAAAGUUGCCAUCAGAGCAGGAAAGAAAAAGGAAAACUGAAGAUAAUAUCUUUAAUAUUCCUACAUCUGGCCUCUUAAUAAAGUGUUGUUCUUAUUCUUUUCUUUCAUAUUUCAAUACUAAAAUGUAUAAAAUGUGACGAAUACAUUCUUGAUGGUUGAAAACAUGAAACGAAAAAAAAAAAA